AUGGCAGCCUUCCUUGCAGCACCACCGCGGACACCAAGCCCAAAGGUCCGCAUACGUUCACAGUCAUUCUCUUUCGACUCACCUUCAUCGAUCAGUAGACUUAACGCCUCAACUCCCAUCGAGGAAUCACCUUUCUCAAAAUCCACCGGCAGUAUCAAUACCGCAAAGACAGUACCUCAGCACCAUGUCCUCCUGCCGCUCAGAACCAAGAUGAGCGAUGAGAGCAUGUCGGAUACAAGUAGUGCUAUGUCAAUCUCUACAGCAAGCUCACCCACGAAGUCUGAACAUAGUGUGGAGUUACACUCACGUGCGCCUCGACCCUCAGACGCCCUGUCUUCCCACCCGCCUACCAAGCGCGCCCGCCUCUCUCCACCACACCUCAGCCUUCCGCCUCUCUCGUCGGACAUAACUGAUAUUAGCCCUACCUCGCCAUUUGCCUUCCAAGACCCCGCCUUCCCUAUGACGUCCCCGUGGCUUGUAAGGGUUGUACUGGAUUUGUACGAUGUUCAUAGAUUGAGCUGGAUGGACAUCGGCGAUGUUGUGGGGAGAAUAUAUGGAGUACAGACAGGUAGUGCUGAAGUGCUUAAUAUCUUGAGCGGGAAUGGGAGGGUGAGGAGGGUGUGGUGGGACUAA